AUGCCGCCGAAACAGCAACCGAGUAAGAAGGCAGAGCAAAAGAAGAAGGAGAAGAUCAUCGAGGACAAGACCUUUGGUAUGAAGAAUAAGAAAGGGGCACAAAAUCAGAAAUACGUCCAACAAAUUCAAAAUCAGAUCCGAAACAACAACACCCGUCUGGAUCUGAUCAAGGCUGCUGAGGCGAAGAAGAAGAAGGAGAUGGACGAAUUACGAGAUGUUACAAAGCUUAUCAAGCCUGUGGAGCAGAAAGUGCAAAGAGAUGUUGAUCCGAAAUCGGUGGUCUGUGCGUUCUUCAAACAAGGAAUGUGCCACAAAGGAGCUAAAUGCAAAUUUAGUCACGACCUGGCCGUUGAGCAGAAGACUCAGAAGAAGAAUCUCUAUGUUGAUAGCCGAGAUUUAAAGAAGGCAGCGAGGAUGAUAGGCUUUUCAUAUAAGCAUAAUAUGGAAAACUGGGAUGAAUCUAAAUUAAAUGAGGUUGUAAACAACAAGCAUGGCGAAGCGAACAAGAAAUUGAAUCAAACCACAAUUGUCUGUAAAUACUUCCUCCAAGCUGUUGAGGAGAGCAAAUACGGGUGGUUUUGGGAAUGUCCCAAUGGUGGAGAAAAGUGUCAAUACAGGCAUUGUCUUCCGGAAGGAUACGUACUGAAGAAGGAUAGGAAGAAGAUGGAGGAGCAAGAUAAAGAGAAUCGAAUAAUAAGUCUCGAAGAGCUGAUUGAGAAAGAGGUAAAGCAUUCGCUUUGUACUCGCUAG